UUGAUUUUUAUUUCAAAAUAAAAUACUGUUGUAAACUUGUAAUCUUGUGCCAAUUCUUAGCCUCCGAUAUUCCUUGUUUCUUUGGGUGCGAAAAACAUCCGUCGCGUCGCGUAGAAACCAACAGAGAAAUGCGAUUCCUAGAAAAAGCCCAACAAAGUAACAAACCGAAGGCUACAGUACGUAACCCAGCCCAUUUUUAGCCCAACCAGCAAAUUUCACGCCGCGACGGCCUUGUCACACACACACUGUGCCUCCAAACCUCCAGACCACCAAGCCCAACGGAAGCAGCAAGCCAUGGCGCUAGCGAACCGGACCAGCAGCCACACCGCCUCCACACCGCCGUCACCCGCGGGCGCGGGGCCUCCGCCGCGUCCCGUCGACCAGUGGGGCCCCAACUCCAGCUGCCGCGCCUGCUUGUCCGACCUGGCGGCCGUCGUCGUCGUCCUCGUCUGCUUCUCCUGCGUCGCGCUCUGCCUCCACUACGCCGCGGGCGUCCUCCUCCGCUGCCUCCACCGCCACCGCCGCCGCCGCCGCCGCCGCCGCGCCGCGCGGGAGGAGGCGCAGGCGCAGGCGCAGGAGCCUAAGCCACUCUCCGACGCCGACGGCGGCAGCGCGGGCGCCAGCCCGGUGGUCGCCGGCGUGUGGGCGGAGGCCGAGUGCGCCAUCUGCCUGGCCGAGCUCGACGACGACCUCGAGGGCGGCGGAGAGCGCGUCCGCGUGCGCGUGCUCCCGGCGUGCGGCCACGGGUUCCACGCCGCCUGCGUGGAAGCGUGGCUCGCCACGCGCGCGUCCUGCCCCACCUGCCGCGCGCCGUCGUCGUCCCGGUCCCGGCCGUCGCGGACGACGAGACAGCCGUAGCCAAGCCGGACCAGGCAGGCUGAUGGCUCUGUCCAUGCAUGACACGUACAAGAAGCGGCGGCAAGUACCAUUAUAUUACUCUGGAUCAAGCUCUGCCCAUGGUGUUUUGUUUGAUUAUACGUAGUGUAUGUAGAUGCAAAUUUAACUGCUGCCAGCAACGUGUUGUUCCUGUGGAAUUACGGCUCGGAUCAUCUAUUUUCCAUUUUCAUGCAUGUAAAGCUUGUGUUGCUUGGAUUUGAUUCUUACUAGAGUAGUUUGUAUAGAUUGAAAUUAAAUUUAGCUCGUGAAUCCUUUGGUAGCGCCAUCAUGCAA